AUGGGCGGACUGGUCUUGGAUGAGCUUGAGGAGACACUGGGCUAUGAUAGCUCUGAAUACUACUGGCUGGUCAAGAUCGUUGAUCAGUACCACCGUGGCUACAUCGGAGCCACUGCCUUCUGGAUCUGGACGUGCAAGACCCUCUACGACACCGAUACUCUCCAUCUUCUUGAGGACUGCAGGAUCUUCCUGUCAGAUGAGGACAAUGAUCUUGAGCAUUUAAAUAAAUGGUUAGAAAGGGUGGCAGCCCUCGCCAACGAUCCUGAGGGAUUCCGAGAGUUGUGCUUCGACCUGCAACUCCCAAUCGGCCACGUUGAGUGGGAAGCGGUCGAAACGCAGCGCAGGGUUGAAGAGAUCAGGAGUAGAGAGAUGGUGCACAGAGAGACCAGAAGUGGACCCACGAACGACGAAAGUCAGGCACUUGUUGACGAGUCAUCACUCGGAGCCGAACCUUCUCAAGUCACAGCCCAAGCCGCAGUCAAGAAUCAAGAGAGGAUGGCAGAACUCCGCGCCAUUCUGAUCAACAAACGUCUUGCUCGGUCUUCAGAUCCCGCGACUCUCACUGCGAACAUGGCUGGCCCCAACAAGGAACAAAAGUCGCCUGAGUCUACCAACUCUCCCGCCAAACAGUCCAGCACCUCUGAUCAACCUGCCAACAACAAAGACGCAGAGAUGGUCCAACAGCCCUCCAAGUCGCCUAACGCUCAACCCAAGCGGUCGGACUUCACAUUCGAAAUGCCUCGCGAAGGAGGCCCUGUCAAGUCACCACAGUUUCUCAGACCUGUAGACAUGCCUGUCGCAUCCGCCAUGUCUGCUGCUGCGCCUCAUAUCGCGCCUACAGCCAUGCCUGCUACCGAGCCCGCCUCGGCUGGCGAGUCUGCUGCAACUCACAAGUUUCCCAAGUCCGUCCUGCCCGCCACGUCUCUUGAGUCAUCUGCCCCUAGCGAGACCACCAAGCGUGUCGAGUGUACUGAUCCCAGCACCGUCACUUCGCCUGGCAUACCCAAGACACCCGUUUGGAAGUCUCCAUGGAAGUACGACGUGAUCCCUUUCACCACCACCAUUCCCCAGUUCCCCACCUCGGACAUGCGCAACGACAGCAAGGGCAAGCAGUCCAUGAAUCCCCCAUCCGCUCCUGCCUCUGCCUCUGCCUCUGCCUACAAGACCAACGGCGGUCCUUCCUCUGAACAUUCACACAAGCCCGUCGAGUCCCCAGUCAAGUACACGGAGCCUCUCUCCGACGACGAAGGCGUUCCUGCAGUUCCUGCCCCCGUCCUCACUGGCCUUACCACUGAGAAACAGGCUGCUAUUGUCUACCAGCAGUUGCUUGCGCACGGCGAGCGUCAGAAGGCUGUCACUGGCAAGUACAGAAGUGUUGCUGACGAUGUCAGAGCUCAGGCUGGAGGCUGA